AUGCAUUCUAACAAGUGUUUGGCAGCUGGAGCAGCUUGCGCCGCAGCUGUGCAAGCAGCAUCCCUCGCCGAUGUCUGCACUGUUGAGCAUGUUCAAGCUUCGCUUCCAGCCACUGGCACCUUCCUCGGCCUGACACUCGACGCAUCCUCCAUCACUGCCAACCCAGUCUAUAACGCCUCCACCACUGGCGGCGAUUUCUUCCCGGCUGCGACAUACGACUACUGCAACUUGACUUUAUCAUAUAGUCACGAUGGCCGCGACGAUAUCACCCACAUCCAAUACUGGUUCCCAGCCCCGGAGAAGUUCGAGAAGCGAUACCUUGCCACCGGUGGAGGAGGCUAUGCGAUCAACUCUGGCUCUCAGAGUUUCCCAGGAGGUGUUCAGUACGGGGCUGUCGCCGGGUCUACUGAUGGUGGCUUUGGCAGCUUUGGUACCAAUCUUGACGCCGUUGUUCUCAAAGCUAAUGGCUCGAUCAAUUGGGAUGCCAUCCACAUGUUUGGGUAUCAAGCAAUUGGCGAGAUGACUCAGAUUGGCAAAGCCACCGCCAAGUCGUUCUAUGGCAUGAGCGCCAAUGAGAAAAUCUACACCUACUACCAAGGGUGCUCCGAGGGUGGUCGCGAGGGUUGGAGUCAGGUCCAGCGCUAUGGUGACGAGUAUGACGGUGUCAUUCCUGGCGCCCCAGCUAUCCGUUACGCUCAACAACAAGUCCAGCACCUUUACUCCAAUGUCGUUGAGAAGACUCUCGACUACUACCCAUCUGCGUGCGAGCUCGACAAGAUUGUCAAUGAGACCAUUGCUUUCUGCGACCCUCUCGAUGGCAGGACUGACGGUGUCGUCUCUCGCACUGAUCUUUGCAAGCUUAAGUUUGACGUCAAAUCCACCCUUGGCCUCCCCUUCUCUUGCGCCGCCACCAGCCAGUCCAGCCUUGGAUUCAGCUUUGGCCGCAAAGCAAAGCGCCAGAUGGUACCUGCCGAAUCUCCCACACCUGCCACCAACGGAACCGUUUCCUCCGAAGCCAUUGAGCUCGUCCAAACUAUCAUGAACGGGCUCUACACGACCGACGGCAAAUUUGCCUACUUCUCCUACCAACCUUCUGCUGCUUUUGAAGAUGCAAAGACGACCUACAACAACGAGACCGACACGUACGAACUAAACAUCGCCAGCACUGGCGGUGAGUUCGUCACAAAAUUCAUCCAAACCCUCGACGAAUCCAACCUUCCCUCUCUCUCCAACGUCACCUACGACACACUAGUCGCCUGGAUGAAGUCCGCAAUGCUUGCUUACGGCGACACUCUACAAACCACACUCCCCGACCUCUCAACCUUCCACUCGCACGGCGGCAAAAUCCUCGCCUAUCACGGCGAAUCCGACAACUCGAUUCCCGCCGCCUCCUCGGUGCAUUACCACGAAUCCGUGCGCAGUGUCAUGUACCCGAACCUGACAUUCAAUUCUUCCACCACCGCUAUGGGUGAGUGGUAUCGCCUCUUCCUGGUCCCGGGCGCAGCGCACUGCUCGAUCAACACACUGCAGCCGAACGGCCCGUUUCCGACGACGAACCUCGAGGUGCUGAUUAAGUGGGUGGAGGAGGGUGUUGUGCCGACGACGCUGAAGGCGACGUAUGAGAAGGGAAUUUAUGAGGGUCAAGAUGCAGAAAUCUGCGCCUGGCCGCUCCGUCCCAUUUGGGCCAACAGCGGCACUGAGAUGAGCUGUGAGUACGACCAGGCCUCGAUCGAUACCUGGAUGUACAAGUUCGACGCCUAUGAACUGCCGCUCUACUAG